AGCUGUUUUGGGGUGAGGCGGUGCGUUUGGGGGUGCACAACUUUCUGCGUGUUUGCGCAGUUUUCCAGCGUUUCACACACUGCGGAUAGACCGAAAUAGCGGCCCGAGGCCCGCGGUGCUCGGGUGGCAGAGCGUUGAAAUCAGCGGAAAUACCAGCGCGGGCCGAUGCGCGGCAGAGUUUUCACACUUUCGCCGUCUCAUGUGCGGUUUACUCGUUGAUGCGGGGAGAAAGUUGUGGACAUGUUUUCCUGGAAGUGCACGGUUUUGCGGACACACCGUGCAACACUGUAACGGCGGCGUGAAUGAGCCUUCACAGCCCGUGCGGACUUUGGAGUAUUUUUUUGUCCCCCUUCUUUUGAUUGUAAAGCCGCCUGUUCGCCAUAUUGUGCGCUGUGAAACUCGAGGGAAAGUUGUCAGAGUUAUGACAUUUGCUGCGCACAAUCCCUUCAUGGAGCUGCAUGCAGUCGACUUUGAUCGAAACCAAAGUGACUCCAUGGAGCUGGCCAUGGAGAGCUCUGUGCACCAUUGAUAAGGUCCGGCACCCUAAAGAGGAUGAGAAGAAUGGACAACAAACCUCAGAUUUGAUUCUGGACGGAGGGUUGCAUGUUCCCCACCCUGCACUUUCCUUUGGGAGUUCCAUUUCCUCCCAAAAUCCUCUGUAUACACAAUUAAACAAAUAAUUUCUCGACCACAGGCAGUGAAAACACACUACAGAGGCAAUCACUCAGUUUUGCACACUCAGUAAUCAAGACUGAGCGCCCAGACUCCUUCAUUUUCACACCUUACAAUCUUAGCAUGAGUCUUCCUCCUCAAGUUAAUACUGACAAGGGCGGCAAUCAUCGGGCUGCAACCAUGAAAGAGCCUGUGCAGCAUUCAGGGGAGGUUUAUUAUGGUAUGGCGCCUCCAGCUUUAGACUCAAGCCACAGUGACUCUGCUGGCAGCUCUGGUGUUUAUAACCCAGAAAAAGGGCCCCAAAGUUUACCGCACUAUCGACAGGCUGCUCCAGUAAAGUGGAUGCACCAGGACUCCAUACAGGCCCCUGGCUGGUCUCAGGAAGCUCCCGUGUCAGCCUGGGGGCAGAACUUUGGCCCCUACAUGGGCGGAGUGAACGUGAGGAAUCAGAUGGCCUUCCAUAAAGGAGUCCAUGAAGGCGUAGCUCUGCCGAUGGGGGGAGAAAAUCAACUGCCGGGACCUGUUGAGGUUUAUAGGGAUGCCAACCAGGCUCAAGCUCAGGGGAGGGGGCUCGAGUGGGAGCAGCACGCUGUGGCUGCAAUGCACCAGGCCCAGAUGCAAGCCUAUCAACACGGCCACAAAGGUGUAGAGCUCCAGGGUCAGCCUCAUGUGCCGUCUCACUCUUUGCCUGGGUCAGUGCUGCAGCCCUUUCAGACGACAUUUAGACCUAGCAAACAGCAGUUCUCAUCUGGUUAUUACUCUGUUUUUCCUGGAAACAAGGGAGCACCAGGCCUGGUCUACGGCGAGCAGCCUAAAACUCAACAACUGCUGCACCAGAUGCAGCAGCAACAAAUGCAUCAUCAUCACCAGCAGCAACAACAACAGCAACAACAGUUGCAGCAACAGCAUCACCUUCAGCUGCAGCAGCAGCAGCAACAUUUGCAGCAACAGCAGCACCAAAUCCAACAGCAUCAAAUGCAACAGCAGCAGCUGCAACAGAUGCAGCAGCAGCAGUAUCACCAGCAACAACUACAUGAGCGACAGCAACAAAUUCAGCAAAUGCAACAGCAGCAGCAGCAGCAGCAGCAGCAGCAACAACAACAACAACAACAACUGCAGCAACAAAAUGUGCCACAACAAGAAACAACACAACUACAGGUUCAACCAAAACAGCAACAGACCCAAAACUUUGCAGCUUAUCAGUCUCCUGAGCCUUGUCCACCUGACACAGUGUCUAAAAAGGAAGAUGUCCAGUCAGUGGAGCCGCAGCAGGAACCAGAGGCUCAGGCCUGUGAUAAGCCAGCCGCACCUGAUCCAUGUACCGACAAGGUCACCACAAAUCCUACAGAGGCCUCAGAUGCACAGCCGGCGGCCCCUCGGCGCUCGCGGCGCCUUUCCAGAGAAGGACAGUCCCCACUGGGUCCCCCUUCAAACACCUGGCCUCAAGCCUCCAAAGAGCCUCCACUGUCACAGAAUGGAGUAACAGGCAAGCAGAGAGGCGGGGAAAGCCAAGGGACUACAGGAGGGGUCAUUCAGAUCACCCACAGGAGAAGGAGGGCAUCUAAGGAGAUCAACCUGGAGACUCUAGCGCAGCAGGCAUCAGAAAUGCAACCUGCUAAAAUUUGCAAGGGAGACGGUUCCUCAGGCAGACAGGCCACCAUGGUACCCCUGGUUAUCCCGGUGUCUGUACCAGUGCAGAGGAAUCAAACAGAUCCUCAGGAUGGCUGGGCUCAGGGUCGACUCGGCCAGGGUGAGCGGCCUGCAGGACAGCCCGACCGCAAACCCUCUGUCAUUGUGGCUCACCGGCGAUCGCUCAGAAACUCCAUGACUGAGAGUUUUGGUCAGGAUGGUGCGAACGAUCCAGGGCUCGAUGAGGAUGGAAAAUCCAAAUUUAAGCGCCGACCUCGCCCAGAGCCUCUCAUUAUCCCUCCUCCCAAACCAUCCACCUUCAUCCCUCCAUCCGUUUACUCCAGCAUCACUUCCUACCAGAGCAACCUGCGCUCCCCAGUUCGUCUGCCGGACAAUGCCAUCACCUUGCCCCCCUACACGCCUCCACCCAUCCUCUCUCCUGUGCGCGAGGGCUCGGGACUCUAUUUCUCCGCCAUCCUGACCAACAUAGCCGUAAGCAACCAAAUCCUGCCUCCCCCGGCUACACCCAAGUCUGCAACACGCAGCCUGUUGCGCUCCACAAGUUCAGAGAUUACACCUCCCGUCCUGCCCUUGAUCGCUGAUGCCACACCAGUUAGUCUUGAACCGCGUAUCAACAUUGGACAGCAGUACCAGGCAGAAAUUCCAGAUUUGCAGAAUCAACUUUCUUCCCAGGUUGACCAGCACAAAGCUGACUUGGUUUGGGUGCCUAUGGACCUUAAACAUGGUUCUCAAGAGACCAUGGAGGAUUUGAUGAACAUGGCUUGUUCCAGUGUGCUCAGAGGUGGAGGAACCAAUCAGGAGCUGGUUCUACACUGUUUAUAUGAAUCUGGAGGUGAUUUUCUUGAAAUGUUGGAACGCUUGAUGCUUCAGGACCCAGUUUUCCCCAAAGGCCAUCACCUGGCAGGUUAUCACUACUCAGGCUCCGACAGCUGGACCGCAGAAGAGAAGCGCUACUUCAAUAAGGGGAUCUCUGCCUACAGGAAGGACUUCUUUCUGGUGCAGAAACUGGUGCGGACCAAGACUGUGGCUCAGUGUGUAGAGUUUUACUAUACAUACAAGAAACAGGUGAAGAUUGGUCGCAACGGGAUUUUAACUUUCGGCCCUCCACAUUCACCAGUGGAGAAGCACACAGAAGCCGUGGUGGACGUCAAGAGCUCACAGCAGUCAAAACUUACUCAAGGAGAGACGGAGGGGGAUGACAGAAAGGAUGUCUCUUAUGACCAGAGCCAUGAGAGUAGCCAGCAGGCGAGGGUCGCUCAGUCACUACAGGCUCAUGACUAUGCGGGAACGAUGCUGGUGAUCAAAGAGCCAGACACUGUGAAUAAGGAGGCCCAUCACCCGUCAGCACCUCACAGGCCUCGGGCCGAGCCUGCAGCCAAGAAGGGCAGAGCACCAGCGAAGCCCCCACAGGAUCCUGAUGCAGUAUUUCCAUGCAAGAAAUGUGGCAGGGUGUUUUAUAAAGUGAAGAGUCGAAGCGCCCACAUGAAGAGUCACGCCGAGCAGGAGAAGAAGGCGGCGGCGCUGCGUCAGAAAGAGGAAGAGGCACAGGCAGCAGCUGAAGCUCGGGCCAGGAAGGCGGCAGCAGCAGCGGCGGCGGCGGCGGCUCAUAAGGGAGGAAAUGGGAACGGAGUGACGGAGCAGGCGGAGGUCAGCAGCCACGAAGACUCAUCUGAGGGAGAAGAUGAUGAUGAUGAAGACUGGCACUGAGAGACAAGAGAAAAAAAAUCAAGGAUAAAAAUCGAUGAGAUGUAUUGAUGGGUAAAUGGAGAGUAGGGAAUGCGAUUGAAUCAGAGAAGGAGGAAUGAGUAACAGAGCAGCACAAGAGAAAUGCUUUUCAAGUCUUCCUGUUAAUCGUCACACUCCUUUCUUGGCUGAAACUCUCUCUGUUAUUCAGUUUGACAUGGUUCAGUCAGGCAAUCACACUCCUAAUUUUCACAUUUGUAUCUUUUAAAUAUUCAGAGGAACUUUAUUUUUUGUAAAUGCACUUAUACUGAAUGCUUCUGCUUUUGCCAAUAUUGCCUUUUUAUAUCCAUUAUUUAAUUGAAUAUAUGUCAAAAUAUUACACUUUUGCAUUGAGUGGACUUCAAAAGAUAAUCAGGACGUCUCUUUAGCAAUAAAACAUCAAGAUCAAAGCAAUCUUUCACUUUAUAGCCGGAGCCCUUUUAAAUAAAGAUAGAGUUUGUAUUUAAAAAUCUUUGUCUUAGGGAAAUACUGUGCUGAAUUUUUCAGAUUUCCACCAGAGUUUUAGGUUGGUUGUACACUUACUUUUACAACUAAGGGACCUUUUGAAAUGAAUGUGUACAAAAAAAGUAUAUAUGAGAUUGCCAUAUAUUUAUGAUACUGCAUUUUUCAAUGAUUUUGGUAAUAUAAAAACUAAUCAUGUCAGCUGCAAUAUGACUUGUGAAUUGAAAAGUUUAUUAAAAUCUAUACUGUU